AGGGCUCCUCUUACCGCCCCAUCAGCGGCGACCUCAAGGAGAUGGUGCGGCUUACCGAGGAGGCCCGCGCCAAGCCCAUGCCCUUCUCCCACGCCGUCUUGCCUCGCGUUUCUCCCUUCUUCGAACGCGCCGCUGAAGCACACGGUCAGCAGCCUAUUUCCCCAAGCAAAUGUAACGCCUGUUGAUUAAAAAUUUUCUUUUAGGAAAGGAGAACAAGGUAACUUUCCAUUGGAUGGGACCUAUUCCGAGAGCGGUCAUCGCGGAUCCUGAUCAAAUCAGAGAAGUUCUGACCAACAAGACCGGCGAGAUCGGGAAGCCAAAGAUCAAUUAUCUGUUGAAGUAUUUUAUUAGAGGCGUGCUGAGUCAGGAAGGUGAGAAAUGGGCCAAGCAUAGGAAGAUUUUGAACCCCGCUUUCCAUAUAGAGAAACUCAAGCGCAUGCUGCCUGCUUUCUCUGCUUGUUGUGAUGAGCUGGUCAGCCGAUGGGAUGAGAUGGCGGCGAAAGGUGAAGAGAUAGAUGUUUCCGUCGAAUUCCAGAGCUUCACCGGCGAUGUCAUUUCCCGGAGUGCUUUCGGUAUCAAUUUUGAAGAAGGGAGGAAAAUUUUCCAGCUUCAGAGUGAGCAAACUGUGUUCAUCGACGGCAGUCUUCCUUUUGCACAUAUACCGGGCUUCAGGUUUUUGCCCACCCGAAUUAACACUAGAAUGAAAGCAAUCGACAAAGAGGUGAGAGGGAUUCUAUUGAGCAUAAUCAAGAAGAGGGAGGAGAGUAUUAAAUUGGGCACCGCAAAGAACGAUGACCUUCUCGGCUUAUUGCUGGAAUCCAAUCUGCAACACCUCCGAGAACAUGGGAACGCCGGGUUGACGACGGACGAGGUGGUGGAAGAAUGCAAGCUGUUCUACUUCGCCGGACAAGAGACGACGUCCCUUUUGCUAACAUGGACGAUGGUUGUGCUGAGCAUGCAUCAAGAUUGGCAAGAACGGGCUCGCGAAGAGGUUCUGCAAGCCUUUGGGAAAGAGAAACCCACUUUCGAUGGCUUGAGCCACUUGAAGACCGUGACGAUGAUUCUGUACGAGGUUCUGCGACUCUACCCGCCUAUAAUGGGCCAGCGGCGGCAGGUCUUCAAGAGCACAAAAAUUGGGAACGUAGUGUACCCUCCAGGCGUCCUGCUCUACUUGUCCACCCUUCAGGUUCACCAUGAUCCAGACUUGUGGGGCAAAGACGUCGACGAGUUCAAGCCGGAGAGAUUUGCUGAGGGCAUGUACAAGGCGUCAGAGAAGAAUGCCUUCUUCCCCUUCGGUAGCGGCCACCGGGUCUGCAUAGGCCAGAACUUCGCGUUGCUGGAAGCCAAGUUGGCACUAUGUUUGAUCCUUCAACACUUCUCCUUUGACCUCUCGCCGUCCUACACUCAUGCUCCCAAUGCAGUUCUCACUCUCAAGCCUCAACAUGGUGCUCCCAUCAGACUGCGUAGGCUUUGAAGCGAUCGAUCCUUCCAUCGACCAAUUUUAAAAUAUAUAUGUCAAAAAUUCUAAAACAAAUAUCUACUUCUGUGGUAAAAACUGUAUUAAUCUGUAGUUGGAGUCGGAGAGGAAGAUGAAGUCGUCUAUAGUCGUCACUUAUGUUGUAAAAAAUUUCCAAUUUCUUCAAAGUUGGUAUCAGAACCGGCAGUAUCUGAUUGAGAAAGUCAAGCAAUCAGGUUUAAUGGAAAA